AUCUAAGUAUCCGCCAGAGGUGCCCACGCUUCUAGAGGUGGGGACAGCAAGAAGCCACCCCACAGUGUGCAGCAGUGCUGCUGAGAUCAUGUCUGUGCUGUUUUUCUACAUCAUGAGGUAUAAACAGAUGGACCCGGAGAACCCGAACAAUGACAGAUUCGUCCUCUCCAAGAGUCUGUCGUUUGUUAAUGUGGCAACUGGAUGGCUGGGGGAAGGACUGGGGGUCGCGUGUGGGAUGGCAUAUACUGGCAAGUACUUUGACAAGGCCAGCUACCGGGUGUUCUGCCUCAUUGGAGGUGGCGAGUCCUCGGAAGGCUCCGUCUGGGAGGCCAUGGCCUUUGCUUCCCACCACAGUCUGGACAACCUCGUGGCCGUCUUUGACGUGAAUCGCCUGUACCACAGAGGCACCCUGCCCCUCAAGCACUGCACAGACGUCUUUCAGAAGCGCUGUGAAGCCUUUGGGUGGAAUACUUCCGUGGUGGAUGGCUGCGAUGUGGAGGCACUGUGCCAGGUGUUCCAGCAGGCGGCUCAAGUGAAGAGCAAGCCCACUGCUAUAGUUGCCAAGACCUUCAGGGGCCACGGCAUGCCACAAGUUGAGGAUUCAGAAAAUUGGCAUGAAAGGCCAAUGCCAAAAGAAAGAGUGGAUACAAUUAUCAAACUAAUUGAGAGCCAGAUACAGACCAAGAAGAAGCUUGACCCAAAACCCCCUGUUGAAGACUCACCUCAAAUCAACAUCACAGAUAUAGAAAUGAUCUCUCCACCUGCUUACAAUGUUGGUGACAUGAUAGCUACUCGGAAAGCAUGUGGUUUGGCCCUGGCUAAGCUGGGCCAUGCAAAUGACAGAGUCGUUGUGCUGCACGGUGACAGCAAGAACUCCACCUUCUCUGAGAUAUUCAAGAAGGAACACCCUGAGCGCUUCGCUGAGUGUUGUACUGCUGAGCAAAACAUGGUGAGCGUGGCUCUGGGAUGCGCCACCCGUGGUCGGACUGUUACUUUUGUUUGCACCUUCGCUGCCUUUUUGAGCCGAGCAUUUGAUCAGAUCCGGAUGGGAGCCAUCUCUCAAAGCAACAUCAACCUCAUUGGGUCCCACUGCGGGGUAUCCAUAGGUGAAGACGGCCCCUCCCAGAUGGCCCUGGAGGAUCUGGCCAUGUUCCGAGCGGUUCCGAACUGCACGAUUUUCUAUCCGAGCGAUGCCAUCUCAACGGAGCACGCCGUGCUCCUGGCGGCCAACACCGAGGGGAUGUGCUACAUUCGGACCAGUCGGCCAGCAACUGCAGUUAUUUACACCGUAUACGAAAACUUUGAGGUUGGACGGGCCAAGGUCGUCCGCAACGGUGUCAACGACAAGCUCACAGUUGUUGGAGCUGGAGUGACCUUGCAUGAAGCCUUAGCAGCCGCCGAUGAUCUUUCUAAGCAAGAAGAUAUUUCUAUCCGCGUCAUAGACCUGUUUACUGUUAAACCCCUGGAUGCAGCCACCAUCAUCUCCAACGCAAAAGCCACAGGUGGCCAGAUUAUCACAGUGGAGGAUCACUCUUCAGAAGGUGGCAUCGGGGAGGCUGUUUGUGCAGCGGUGUCCAUGGAGCCUGACAUCCUGGUCCAUCAGCUGGCAGUGUCAGGAGUGCCUCGGAGCGGAAGGCCGAGUGAGCUGCUCAGUAUGUUUGGAAUCAGUGCCAGACACAUCAUAAUGGCUGUGAAGUGUGUCUUAAUGAAUUAAAAUAGCUGUUGGGGGCUUCCCUGGUGGCGCAGUGGUUGGGAAUCCGCCUGCCAAUGCAGGGCACACGGGUUCGUGCCCCGGUCUGGGAAGAUCCCACAUGCCGCGGAGCGGCUAGGCCCGUGAGCCACAACUACUGAGCCUGCGCGUCUGGAGCCUGUGCUCCGCAACAGGAGAGGCCGCGGCGGUGAGAGGCCCGCGCACCGCAAUGAAGAGUGGCCCCCACUUGCCGCAACUAGAGAAAGCCCUCGCACAGAAACGAAGACCCAACACAGCCAAAGAUAAAAAUAAAUAAAUUAAAAAAGAAAAGAAAAGAAAAGAAGUUGUAGCACUGAGUGCAACUCUUUAAAAAAAAAAAAUAGCUGUUGGCUUUGGUCUUAGAAGACUGGCCUCUUUACCUUACAUUUAUGCUCAUUGCCAAACCAUCACUUAAAUCUAUACUGUUGCGCUUUAUUCUUUUUGAAAGCAAAGCCAGUUAACUACUUUCCUGUUAAGCCAUAACUACGUAUACAAGAGUAACUUUCACCUUUGAAUCAUAAAUGUGGGUUACAAGACAAGGUUUUAAGUGACAGAAUAGCUAACAAAACAACCACCUAAUAAAUUUUCUGAUGAGACUACAGAUAACUGGGCUGGGGACCAACAUAAGGUAACAGUUUCUUAAAUGUGUGUCAUAAGUAAAGAAAAUGCGAAUUGAAUUGUAGACUGCAGUUGCCCAGGUUUGGCAGCGCUAUACCCCCAUGCUGCGCACCGCUAUACCCCCAUGCUGCGCACCGCUGUCCCAGCUCAGUCCACCUGCUGCCAUCCUACCUGUAGCCUCCCAGGCACUGUGUCAGCGCAGUUGCCCUGGAACUUCCUCUGGUGUCUGCCUUCAUCUCCUCUCUUCCGCGAGGAGGCUGCGCCUAGUGUGUCCCGUGCUGCUUGCAGCGACUGCUCCGCGGAGAGGACACAGCCUGUUCUCGUCUCCACCCCGCACUCUCCUGUGAGAUCUCAGAAGUGUCUCAUUUGCCCAGUGACCAACCCGAACUGUUAUCUCAACUGUAC